AUGGCUGAAAAUGAGAUGGUCACAGAAUCAGACUGUGUCAAUUCAAAGGUUAGAAUAUUUCAAAUCAUGGAGACUAUCCAGCAGUCUACUGCAAGAGUCAUCGUUGUGUUCUCUGAAGGAGCACAUUUUUUUCCUCUGGCUGAAGAAAUUGUUCGCCAAAACAUCACUGACAGACAGUGGAUUGCAAGCGAGGCCUGGGUGUUCUCCACUUUAAUUUCUAGGGCAGAAUUGAUGAGCUCUUUCACUGGGACUAUAGGAAUUGCCAUCCGCAGAGGAGAAAUUCCAGGGCUGGAAAACUUUCUCCUUGGUAUCCAUCCUGGGUCUGGUCCGAAUACUGGUUUAGUGGAAGAGUUCUGGGAAAUAAAUUUUGAUUGCAAAUUUGAAGGGAAAACAAGUACUAACAGCUCUUUAUAUGAGGUGAAGGGAAAGAUCUGCACAGGAUCAGAAGAGCUCAACAGUAGAAAAACUGCUUACAGUGAUGUUUCAAAACUGCGGGCUUCCUACAACGUGUAUAAAGCAGUGUACGCCUUGGCACACUCCCUGCACAACCUGAUGUCCUGCGAGCCUGGAAAAGGGCCCUUUCAGAAUAACUCCUGUGCAGACAUCACAACUGUGCAGCCCUGGCAGGUGCUGCACUACCUGGAGAGAGUGAACUUCACUACUCACUAUGGAGACAGGGUGUCCUUCGAUGAGAACGGAGAUGCUCUUGCAAUCUAUGAUGUGAUGAACUGGCAGAGGGCCGAUGACGGAUCUGUGAAAACAGUAACAAUCGGUCUGUUUGAUGAAUCAGCUCCUGCUGGACAAGAGCUCACUCUGAAUGAAGACAAGAUCUUCUGGAACUUUAAACACAACAGCCCCCCCAGGUCUGUGUGCAGUGAAAGCUGUCAGCCUGGCACCAGGAAGGCAACCAGGAAAGGGGAGCCCCUCUGCUGUUUCGACUGUGUGCCUUGUGCAGAGGGAGAGAUCAGCAACCACACAGAUUUCUGGCCAAACUCAAGCAGAGACCAAUGUGUACUGAAGGAAAUCGAGUUCCUUUCAUAUGAAGAGACUUUAGGAAUCUCUCUGACAACAAUCUCAGUAUUUGGAGCAUGUAUUUCAGCUGGAGUUUUAGCUGUGUUCAUUUACUACAGGAACACUCCUAUUGUAAGAGCCAACAAUUCUGAACUGAGCUUCCUGCUGCUGCUUUCUCUAAUACUCUGCUUCCUCUGCUCAUUGCUGUUUAUUGGUCAGCCACUACACCUCACCUGUAUGCUGAGACAUGUUGUGUUUGGAAUCAGUUUUGUCUUGUGCAUAUCUUGCAUUCUUGUGAAAACCAUUGUUGUCAUCAUGGCCUUCAGAGCCACACUGCCAGACAAUAAUGUCAUGAAGUGGUUUGGUGCUGCACAACAGAGAGGCACUGUUUUUGUCUUUACUGUCAUCCAGGCUAUGAUCUGUAUAAUAUGGUUGAGUACAGCAUCCCCUGUGCCUUUUAAAAACACACAGUAUCAAAAUUCUAAAAUAAUUUUUGAGUGUUACAUUGGCUCAAUAACUGGAUUUAGUUGCCUGCUGGGGUACAUAGGCUUGCUAGCCAGUGUCUGCUUUCUGCUGGCUUUCCUUGCAAGGAACCUGCCUGACAACUUCAAUGAAGCCAAGUUCAUCACUUUCAGCAUGCUCAUCUUCUGUGCAGUUUGGAUCGCUUUCAUACCAGCUUAUGUCAGCUCUCCUGGGAAAUACUCGGACGCUGUGGAGAUUUUUGCCAUCUUGGCUUCAAGCUUUGGUCUACUGCUUUCAAUUUUUGCUCCAAAAUGUUACAUCAUUCUGCUUCAUCCAGAGAAAAAUACAAAGAAGGCCCUUAUGAGCAGAGCAGACCCAAAGUAAAGAAUAUUAA